AUGCGUUCCGCAAUCAUCGCGUGUGCUUUCGCAGCUUUGGCGAUUGCCAAUCCUCUCCCUCAAAACAUUGAUUUGGCUGCCAUUGAUUCUCUCCCACAAGCUGAAGUUACUGCUGCACCAGUCAAUGUCACUUCUCAGAGUGUCAACGUUAAACCAUCUAAUGCCGCAAGUUCCGUUGGAGCUGCUAAGGUAAGUGGUACAGCAGUUCCAACUGAUGUAGCCGCCAGACGCAAGGUAUUCAGACGCUCUUGCGAGGUCCAACCCGCUGGAGCUGGUCCAACUUCUACCCCAGAUACAGCCGAAGCUUUCUUGGCUGAUCAUCAAUACAAUGCGUUUGCCUCUAGCGCCGCCACCCCACAAGGUUACGAUCUUGCUUUCUCCGGCUUGCAAGGGUCGUCCCAGACUACCUCGUAUCUUGGUUACAAGACCUUGGAUUCGUACGACACUGUUGACUGUGCUUCCUAUUGUGAUCAACAAGAUGGAUGCAUUGCCUUUAAUAUCUACCUGGAGCGCGAUCCUUCCGUUGAUCCCGGCACCAACUGCCUCAACCCAGCAUCCACCACCAAUUUCAAGUGUGUGAAAUGGGGUGUUCAGAUCUCGGAUAAGACUGCCACCAAUGUUGGACAAUACAGACACGAAUUCCAUGUCGUCAUCUCCGGCUCCAACGGCUACAACAAAAACAGCGCCCCACCCCCCGCCGCCGGUUUCCAAGGGCCCAUCGCCCUCGCCGGCGCCAUCAACGCGCCCCUCGACCCCAUCACCCAAACCGACACCUACAUGGGCUAUAAAUUCUUCAGUUUCAACGACGUACAAACCUAUUCCAACGGGGCCAUCGCCUGCACCAGCGCCUGCAGCGCCCAAACGGUAUACAACGCCGCGCACCCACCUUCUACCGGUCACCCAGCUGUUUGCAACCAGGUUGUCGUUUAUGUGUUGAGCGAUAAUAAUAUGCCGCAGGGAAUUUACUGUGCCAUGUAUACGGAAGAGUGGGCGCCGGUCUAUGCGACGAAUGUGGGUCAGUAUCGUGGGGAGGAUUAUUGGUCCGUUAGUCAGGCGUAUGCGUAUACGAAUGCGACGUAUGCGGAGAAGUAUGAGCCUAUUUGUGAUGUGGAGGGAUGUCCAGAGGGUUCGUACAGAGGAGGGAAUUAUGGAGGGUAUGGGGCUAAGUAG